CCUACCAAAUUUGAAAAGGAAAGAGAAAGAGAGUUGAAAUUCUAGAUUGGGGGAUAGGGUUCUUCUUCCUCACUGUGUUGUUACUACCAAUUUUCAAUUUUCAAUUUUCUUCUUUGAAUCUCUCAAGAUUCUCACUCACAACACAAACCACACCCAAUUUCAGCUUCAGAUUCCAUUGCUGAGAAAACGAUUUCACUGUUUGUUUAGUCAAAAUGAGCUCUUCUUGUUGCUGCUGCUAGUGUUGAUUUUGUUUGAAACGGUUAGAGAGCGUGAGAUUGAGCUGGUGAAGUGUGUUUUUGGUUUUCUGAUUCGAGAUGCCGGAGGAAGAACUAGUGGAGCUCAAGUUCCGUAUCUACGAUGGAUCCGAUAUUGGACCCUUUCGUUACUCUCCUACUUCCACUGUCGCUAUGCUCAAGGACAGGAUCCUCGCUGAGUGGCCAAAAGACAAGAAAAUUAUACCAAAGGCCGCAAAUGAUAUAAAACUGAUAAGUGCUGGCAAAAUUUUGGAGAACAACAAGACAGUUGGCCAGUGUAGAGUACCUUUUGGUGAGCUUCCCCCAGCAGUAAUCACCAUGCAUGUUGUCGUCCAACCAUCUCUGGCAAAAGCAAAAACAGAGAAAAAGCUGGAUGAGGCGCCCAGAAAACAUUUAUGCGCAUGUUCGAUAAUGUGAGAACCCCAUCAUCAUGGAGAGUUGAGCUGCUGAUCUUGCUAGGGUUUGCUGGGAUAUUCAAGGUCAUGAGGAUGCAUAGCUCUGGGAAGAUAAUAAUCUGUAGAACUGCCCCAACCCCUUCACAGUUGAAUGUUAUUGGAGGGCAUUCCUGCUUAGCAAUGCUUCUCAGUGAUGAUUUUCUCAUGUUUUAUACAAUGGGUGUUUAAUGUAUCUUGCUGGAUGCCGUUUAUAAUAACAAAUAUAUAUAAUAGAAAAAAAAGUUUUCAGUUA